GAAACCCCGUAGCGGCUUUCUGAGGGGACCCAAGAUGGCCGAAUCUUCACAGUGGGGCUAAUAAUUACUUUUCUUCAAAACGCAGCGAUUUUAUGGUGCUUGACGAUCGUGCUGAUCCUUCGUCGUCCCGGAAAGUGAAACAAACGAGUCUGUUCGAAUAGCUGUAUCGAGCAAUGUUUAACUUUGUAUAAAGAGACUGGCUGGUCCCUCCGCGGCCCUCAGCCAGAAUAUGGCGGAAUACUUGGAGAAAAUUUAGCCUAGCUUUUUAUGAACGCGCCGCUUUACACACGUCUCUUCCCGCCUUUUUACUGACCGCACGCGAGUAUUGAUCUAAUAACGCGAUCGGUACGUCUCUAGAAUUCAUACACGUGUGAUUCGAUCAUUUCUGGGUUAAAAAUGACUCGCGCGAAGAGAUAGCCUGCUAGCUGAGGUGCUAGCUAAGCUAACCCCGUUUGACUGAAUUGGUCGCAUCGUUAGCUUAGCAUAGCUAGCUGAAAGUAAGGGUUCACGGCGAAAAAUAAACAUUCUGGUUUCGUGCUUUGGCCGCAUGCUUUUUAACCCAUCUUUCUUCACCUUUAUCCCAUUAAAAGAGUUUCAGUGGUUCGGUUCAAAUAUUUAAUAAAAUUGACCGGGUAUGUUGUGGAGAGUCUCGGCUGCAGACUGCAGCUAGCUGACCAUCUCUCGAGUGGUCAGAAUAAUUAAUCUGGACUGCAUACAUUUACUGUGAUAGAGCCAUAACUACAUAUUGCAUCUGCUUCACAACAGGUUGCUAGUAAAUGCCAUACAUUUCACGGAUCUGUGCGUUCACCGAGCUUGGACUUUGAAGUUCAAGGCAGAUUCUGCUGCAUCUUGCAAAGGCGAGGACGUUGAGAAUUAUUGAAUCAAGGGCAAAACCCUUUCGAGUUGCUUUUAAGGAUGACUGACACUCGUAGACGAGUAAAAGUGUACACUCUGAAUGAGGAUCGACAGUGGGAUGAUCGGGGGACGGGACACGUGUCGUCCGCCUAUGUGGAGAGGCUGAAAGGCAUGUCUCUCCUGGUGCGCGCCGAAAGUGAUGGGUCACUGCUGCUGGAAUCAAAAAUCAAUCCCAAUACCGCCUAUCAGAAACAGCAGGACACAUUAAUAGUAUGGUCUGAGGCUGAAAACUAUGACCUGGCCCUCAGCUUCCAGGAAAAGGCUGGUUGUGAUGAGAUCUGGGAGAAAAUAUGUCAGGUCCAGGGAAAGGACCCAUCAGUAGACAUCACCCAGGAGCUGAUAGAUGAGUCAGAAGAGGAGCGUUUUGAUGACAUGUCCUCACCUGGCCUUGAACUUCCACCUUGUGAGCUCUCCCGGCUGGAGGAGGUGGCUGAACUGGUGGCCUCAUCCUUACCUUCUCCUCUACGGCGGGAAAAACUGGCCCUAGCGCUGGAGAAUGAGGGCUACAUUCGCAAGCUGCUUGAGCUAUUCCGUGUGUGCGAGGACCUGGAAAACCGAGAAGGCUUGCACCACCUCUAUGACAUAAUCAAAGGCAUUUUCCUCCUCAACCGCACAGCGCUCUUUGAAGUCAUGUUCUCUGAAGAAUGCAUCAUGGAUGUGAUUGGGUGUCUGGAGUUCGACCCAUCGCUACCCCAACCUCGGAGGCAUCGAGAGUUCCUGACCACCACAGCACGCUUUAAAGAGGUCAUUCCCAUUUCAGACCCAGAGCUGCGACAGAAGAUUCACCAGACGUACCGGGUGCAGUACAUUCAGGACAUGGUGCUGCCAACCCCCUCUGUGUUUGAAGAGAACAUGCUCUCCACCCUGCACUCCUUCAUCUUCUUCAACAAGGUGGAGAUUGUCGGCAUGCUGCAGGACGAUGAGAAGUUUUUGACUGAGCUUUUUGCACAGCUAACUGAUGAAGCCACAGAUGACGACAAACGGCAUGAAUUGGUGAAUUUCCUUAAGGAGUUUUGUGCGUUUUCCCAAACGUUACAACCACAGAACAGAGAUGCAUUCUUCAAAACGCUUUCCAACAUGGGAAUCCUGCCAGCGUUGGAAGUUAUUCUUGGCAUGGACGAUGUGCAUGUGCGUGGAGCGGCCACUGAUAUAUUUUCCUACCUGGUGGAGUACAAUCCUUCCAUGGUGCGAGAGUUUGUUAUGCAGGAGUCUCAACAGAACGAUGAUGACAUUCUGUUGAUAAAUCUGAUCAUUGAGCAUAUGAUCUGUGACACGGAUCCAGAGUUGGGUGGAGCUGUACAGUUAAUGGGGUUACUCAGGACACUAGUAGACCCAGAGAACAUGCUGGCAACUGCUAAUAAAACAGAGAAGACUGAGUUCUUGAGUUUCUUCUAUAAGCAUUGCAUGCAUGUGCUUUCUGCUCCACUUCUGGCCAACACCACAGAAGAAAAACCCAGCAAAGAUGAUUUCCAGACGUGUCAGCUGCUGGCUUUGAUCGUCGAGCUGCUUACUUUCUGUGUGGAGCAUCACACGUAUCACAUAAAGAACUACAUCAUCAACAAAGACAUCCUUCGCAGAGUGCUGGUUCUCACUGCAUCUCAACACGCUUUCUUAGCCUUAUGUGCUUUGCGUUUCAUGAGGAAAAUUGUUGGUCUGAAGGAUGAGUUUUAUAACCGAUACAUUAUGAGGAACUUCCUGUUUGAGCCAGUGGUCAAAGCUUUCCUCAAUAAUGGAUCCAGAUACAACCUCAUCAACUCCGCUAUCAUAGAGAUGUUUGAGUAUGUCAGAGUGGAGGAUGUGAAGUCCCUGACAGCUCAUAUCAUAGAGAACUACUGGAAGGCCCUGGAGGACGUAGACUAUGUUCAGACGUUUAAAGGACUGAAGCUCCGAUAUGAACAGCAGAGAGAAAGACAGGACAACCCGAAACUUGACAGUAUGCGGUCGAUUCUUAGAAAUCACCGCUUUCGCAGGGAUGCACGAACGCUGGAAGACGAGGAGGAGAUGUGGUUUAACACAGAUGAGGAAGACUUGGAGGAUGGUGAAGCUGUAGUGCCACCCUCAGAUAAGAUGAAGAGCGACGAGGACCUGAUGGAUCCAAUUAGCAAGUUCAUGGAAAGGAAGAAAUUAAAAGAGUCAGAGGAGAAGGAGGUGUUGACAGGAAAGGCAAGCCUCUCAGGACGGCAGAGCCCCAGUUUUAAACUCUCCUUCUCCAGCUCCCCAAAGUCCAGUCUGUCCUCUCCCCCAACCGCAUCCCUCCACCCCGGUUCACCUGGUUCUCCAAGUUCUCCCGGGACAGGAGCCCGGAGUUCCCCCCCAAUGGCAGCUGUCACCACUAAGGGAGGUCUGGUGGGGUUGGUGGACUAUCCCGAUGAUGAUGAAGAGGACGAGGAUGAGGAAGAUGCAGACAGUAAAGAAGAAAGUCCUCCGCUGUCCAAGAAAUCCAAGCUGAGCUCCUAAAGCACUCCCUUCUUCAAUCAGCACAGAAAUGCUCAAAGGGAGCAUUAUCCAGAGACUAUUGCAGUGCUCAGCCUAGAAAACUCAAAACUGAAACUAAAUGAAUGAAUACUCAAAUGAAUGGAUAAAUGAGUGAAUGCUGCCCCCCACAGGAGUCCAUGGGGUGCCAUGUGAGGAACGGAAAAAGGGAGAGCAAGAGAGGGAGAAGUUUCGGUCACAGAAUGAAAAGGUGAAUGUCUCCACGUGGAGUUUGUCCAAGUGCCAAUCUGGGAGAAAGCAAGAAAGACUUGUGAAAUGGACAGAGAGAUUGAAGAAAAGAUCAAACUGGUUUGGACAAAUUAUUAUAAAAAGGAUUGAAUAAAAAAUGAAUUCCGACAAAGCUAAAAGUACUGGGGGGUAAAAAAGACCUCACGCGCACUCACUCACAGACACUCAAAACUGGUGCCCCACUGAGCGUCCCAGGCUUAGACCAGGACACACUGCCCCCCUCUCAGGGAAGGACCUCACAUGACCCAACUGGUCCAGCCAAUCCACCACUCUCCUUUGCUGACUCAAUCUUCAUUUCUUUCUCUCCUUCCUAUAUGCCUUUAUCUGUUGCCCUUUUUCCUCUUGAUUAUUUUUUUUCCUUAAUUGAGUUUCUACGGCCAGACGGGACACUAGGGAGCAAAGGUCUGGGUCGUCAUUGUUUAUGAUGUCACCGUUGUUCUUGUGGCUUAGUGGAAGUACUUCCUCUUUCAAAGCCAGCAGUUCCCUCCUUUUCUUAUUCUGUUCUCCUCUCUCAUUUUUUUAAAUGACAAGAGACCUGCCUUGAAAUGUUCAGGAUGUUUUCAUCCGCACUUGAACAGGUUUUUAAAACCUCGAUGGGGGAGAUAGUUUUACCUUUGUGUUGCCCUUCAAAACUGCAGAUUUUUGGAAAAUUUGUAAGCCCGUCUUGAUUAAAGAUUGAGUGGAACUCUAGAUGUGAUCGAUUUUUGUCAUAUCUUCAAUUUUCUUUUACAACAUUAGUGUACUCUUUGUUGCUCGCUAUAUUUGGGACCAUUAAAAAGAUCUUUGCUGUUGUAGAUCUCUCACGGUUGUGCUGGUUCCCUGUAUAUGUCAACUGUGCUGAUAUUUUGUCCUUGCUACUCUGGUCUCAAUGUCUUUUGAAAUGGAAUUUCGUCACUGAAAUGACGUUUGAUCCUCCUGUCCAGUAAUCUGAAAACAUUCAUGGAGAAUCCUGCCUAUGUUGACAGGGGCCGACUAAACAACCUGCACACAAUUAAAGAUAAUAGUUUUCUA